AUGGCUGUAGAGGAGUCCGAGCCUGUGAUUGGGGAGUUAGAAAGGGAGGAGAACUUGAUUGCUGCAGUAAGGCAUAUUGUGAAGGCACUAGGGCCAAAUAAGACCCUUACCAGUGAUGCCAAGAAAAUUCUGGCAGAUCUUGGCACUAGAUUGUCCUCCAUGUCGGUCCCUAGUGAGAAGGAGGAGGGGAAACAAGGGCAAGGAGGGGAGGGUGGUGAUGAUCAUGAUGGUGUUGCUGCUGGUGAUGAUGAUGAUGAGGGUCUUAGUGCAAUUGAAGAAAGGCUUAGUAUGAUUCAGGAGAAAGUUAUGAGAUGGGAGGAGGAUCAGUCCAUGAUUUGGGAUUUGGGACCUGAAGAAGCAUCUGAGUAUCUGAAUGCUGCUAAUGAAGCUCGCAGGUUGAUUGAGAAGUUGGAAAGUUUGCAUUUGAAGAAAGAGGAUCAAGAGUACGAGUUUAUGCAGAGGGCUUAUAGUGUUCUUCAAACAGCUAUGGCACGCCUUGAAGAAGAAUUCAGGAACUUGCUUAUCCAGAACAGGCAACCUUUUGAGCCUGAAUAUGUCUCUUUUAGGUCCAGUGAGGAAGAUGCUGUUGAUGAGAACUCCAUAAUCUCCGUAGGUGAUGAGUCAGUUGAGGAAUCACUUCAAAGAGAUAGUGUCAGCAGAGCCUCUGAGGAGCAUAUCAUUGAUUUGGUUCAUCCAGCCGUGAUCCCGGAUCUCAGGUGUAUUGCAAACUUGCUUUUUGCUUCUAAUUAUUGCCAGGAAUGUUCCAAUGCUUAUAUUAUUGUGCGGAGGGAUGCCCUAGAUGAGUGCCUCUUCAUUCUUGAAAUGGAAAGGCUCAGCAUCGAGGACGUCUUGAAAAUGCAGUGGGCUACUUUGAAUUCCAAAAUCAAAAGAUGGAUUUGGGCAGUGAAAAUCUUUGUUAGGGUGUAUCUUGCAAGUGAGAGGUGGCUUAGUGAUCAGAUUUUUGGGGAGGGUGAGCGUGUUAGUCUAGCUUGUUUUGUUGAUGCAUCUAAGGCUUCAAUAUUGCAGCUUCUGAAUUUCGGUGAAGCCAUGUCCAUUGGUCCUCACCAACCUGAGAAAUUGUUCCGUGUUCUUGACAUGUAUGAGGUUCUUCAAGACCUUAUGCCAGACAUUGAUGCUUUGUACUCAGGUGAGGUUGGUUCCUCGGUUAAAAUUGAAUGUCAUGAUGUUCUGAAGAGAUUAGGCGAUUGUGUGAGGGCAACAUUUUUUGAAUUUGAAAAUGCCAUUGCAACAAAUGCAUCAUCAACCCCUUUUGUAGGUGGUGGGAUACAUCCUUUAACCAAAUAUGUUAUGAAUUAUCUUAGAACCCUUACAGACUACAGUGACAUACUCAAUCUACUUCUGAAGGACCAAGAAGAAGAUGAAUCCAUUUCACUGUCACCUGACAUGAGCCCUGGUACAGAAGAAGAUAGCAGAAGCCAGGGGUCUCCAAGUAGAGUUUCCUCAAUGGCCCUUCACUUCCGAUCAAUCGCAUCGAUCUUGGAAAGCAACCUUGAGGAUAAGUCCAAGUUAUACAAAGACGUCUCUUUGCAGCACUUGUUCUUGAUGAACAACCUACAUUAUAUGGCUGAAAAGGUUAAGGGGUCUGAACUCAGGCUCAUAUAUGGAGAUGAAUGGAUUCGAAAGCGCAACUGGAAGUUUCAGCAGCAUGCAAUGAAAUAUGAGAGGACUAGUUGGAGUCCCAUUCUUCACAUGCUUAAGGAUGAAGGAAUUCAUGUUCCGGGUACAAAUUUGGUCUCAAAAAGUCUUCUUAAAGAGAGGCUACGAAGCUUCUAUCUUGGCUUUGAGGAUGUUUACAGGAUCCAGACAGCUUGGCUUAUCCCAGAUAUUCAGCUUCGCGAAGAUUUGCGGAUUUCUAUAUCUCUAAAAGUAAUCCAAGCUUAUAGAACGUUUGUUGGGAGGCACAGCAAUCACAUAAGUGACAGAAUCAUUAAGUACACUGCUGAUGAUUUAGAAAACUACCUUUUGGAUUUCUUUGAAGGAUCUCAAAAGUUGUUGCAAAAUCCUCAUAGAAGGUGA